UGGCUAAAUCCAUUCGUUGGUAAACUAUUUCCAGUGAUAUUGACAAAUUCAAUGACGUUUCAGUCGAAUGUUUUACUUCCUACAACUGUAAUGGCGCAUAGUCGUGUAGAAAACGAAAAUCGCUCAUUUAAUUUCGUACGCGAUUUACGCAAAGCGAAUCACCAAAUGGAACAAUUGACAACGGCUGAUGGCCAAGUCGUUAUGCAGGCAGUACAGAAUGUUUCACCGCAAGUACAGGUGAUGCAGAUGAACGCAACGGGGCAAGUAAUUCAAGGCGCGAAUGGGCAACAAAUAAUGGUUCACACCGUACCUCAACCGGGCCAGCUGCAAAAUGCUCAGGGCAUACAACAAAUCCAAGUCGUGCCCCAGGGACAAAUACUACUUCAACAACCUGCACAACAAGCACAAAUUGUGCAGACAGCAGACGGUCAAACCUUUAUUUAUCAACCUGUUGCAAUAGACAACACGAAUAUAACUCAAAGUCAACCAACAGUAUUAAACAUAAAUGGAAAUCUUGUACAAUUGACCAGCCAAACCCCAGCAAGUGCAACACCAAGUCAGUCACCAACCACAGUAGUGCCACAGUCAACGAUAACAACACCAAAUCAAAUAGCUAUGUCAAACGGCAAUAUUGUAAUGAUGGUUCCGAGUACAAGCGGCAGCAGCGUGAACCAGUUCCAAAGAAUGCCGUUACCGACGAACACCGAAUUCUUGGAGGAGGAGCCACUGUAUGUCAACGCGAAACAGUACCGCAGAAUCUUGAAAAGAAGGCAAGCACGAGCAAAGUUGGAGGCAGAGGGUAAAAUUCCCAAAGAGCGACCGAAAUACUUGCACGAGUCCAGACAUCGGCACGCCAUGAAUAGAAUUCGUGGCGAAGGCGGACGUUUUCACUCUGGCUCGGUUAAAAAACGAAAGGAGGAGGAAGAGCAGCUGCAACGCUCACAACAGAGAAGCAUCGGCGUGACAUACAAUAAUCCGUUAGAUAAUGCAAUAAUUAUAGAGCUAUUGCAGCCGGUAGGAGUACCUGUUAUGACAGAAACCCUUUCGUCAGACCCGUUAUCAAUAGGUGAUGCGAAUUAGCUCUUCUUUCUCUUAUAUAAGUAAACAAAACUGUUUUAAGGCAUUUUUGAUAACAUUUUGUAAUGUAUAUAAUUUUCAAGUUUGUACUUUUUAGUGUUAUUGUAAAUAAUAAUCUCACUUGUUUAAGUUAAUUUAUGUACAUAUAUUUAUUUAGUUAUUAAUUUUAUAUUGUUAUUGACCUUGUUGUAAAAAGGGGAAGACUGGUUCAUUAUUUAAGGAUAGUUUUGAUGUCAAUAUUGUCAAUUUUUGAAUACAUUGUAUGUAAUAUUCGGCAAAAAGUAAAUAUUUUACUAUUAGAAGUAUUAUUAUGCAUUAGUAUUUAAAAUAAAUUCACGGUAUGCUUGUUAUGUUAAUUCAUUUUAGGGCUAUUGAUAAUAUCUUCAU